AUGUUAUCCUUUUGUGCUCAGGUGCUAUGGACCAGGAACGACGACUGCUCGACUGAGAUGAGGCUUAGGAAGGAGAUAGGACUCAACAGUGGAAGGAAUACCCUAGCUAAUAAGGAGUUACCUGAUCUGGUUUUGGAGAAUGGGGGAAGGGAGGUUAUUGGAGGAUACAGGAGGCCGUGGGUGCCGUGUAACCUAAAAAGGAAAAGAGGCCCACGAGUGAAGAAGUUGAGGGAUGUAUUCAAGUUGGUGGUGGGACCACCCUGCUGGAGGACUGGAGGCAGGUAUGUCAAGAAGAAGUGGUCGGAACUCGCAAACUCUUCUUCCCAAUUGGGCUAG